CGCGGACGAUGGCGAUUCUGGCGAGGACACAGAGCCAGAGACCCCUCGUCCUACGACGAAGCGUCUAAAGAAACGACUGAGCGAGGCCAACUUCGAUGGCAGCUUCAGCGAGGAAUCGGGCGCAAGCCGCGCGCCACUGAAAUCAGUCAACAUGAACGACGACGAGGCCGAGAAGCGGAGAAGGAGAAAGAGCAUGAAGUCUAUGGCACUUAUUACGGACGACGGCGAUGCGCCGCAGGCCGGGCCGUCAAAUCAUGCCCAAGCGGAUGGCGGGGGUACCCCUGUUGCUCCUGCGGGACGGUCUUUACAACGUUUACGGAGCGUGGCGCAGGUUCCAGCGAUAAAUGUAUCCAUCGACGUGAACAACUAUGAGGAGUGGAUGAAGAUGGCCACGGAUAACAAAAUCAACGCCGCAAACUCGUGGAAUUUCGCGCUGAUCGACUACUUCCAUGACAUGUCCCUGUUGCGAAACACCGGCGACAACUCGAUCAAUUUCCAGCGCGCGUCCUGUACGCUCGACGGAUGCGUCAAGAUCUGGACGAGUCGCGUUGACAGUGUCGGUACAGAAACAGGCAAACUCCUCUCCAACCUCGCGAAUGAGGGCCGCGCGGACGACGACGAAGAUGCCGAUUCUGACAAUCCCGACGCGACCCCGGGCGCCAAGCGGAAGCGGCGUGAGGGCCGACCGAAGGAGACGCUCGCCAAAAGCACGGAACAGCUGAGGAGCAAGAAGCUUGACUUGGAAUUCAAGGUCGACCCGCUGUUCCGGAAGACGUGUGCCGACUUCGAUGAGGGUGGUGCGCAGGGCUUGUUGAUGAACCACCUGAGUUUGGGCAUUGGUCCGGACGCGGGCAUGAGGAUCAUUUUUGAUGCUAGCGAUGCAAUGGGCAAGGGUACGGAAGAAGACGCAGAGCCAACGGAGGAACCCGAAGAGGAGGUUGACAUCAGCCACUUGCGCCGCGAAUUCCUGCCAGACCUGGACGGAUUACAGGACAAGGCAAUUUGUCACUCUCUCGCCGGCUUUUCAUUUGCGAAGGACGCCUUCACCUUCGACGAGAGCCUCUUCGUCGGUGACGACAUUCAGGAGCUAGACGACGACGACGACUUCGGCGGGGUAGAAACCGGCGCGGGGGAAUCGAUGGACGUCGGUGGGGGCGCCGAUGCUGGCGGCAUGGAGGAAGAUUUCUUCGUAGGCGACCAAGCGGUGGGCGACGAAUACGGUGCCGGACCCGACUUUGGCCCGGGAGGAGAUGAUUUCGGCGGUGGAGAAGACGGCUCGGUGGGCCCCGAGGGCGAGCAGCAAGGACAGGGGCACGGGGGCGGCCGUCCGGGCGCGUUCGUUCCGUUUGACCCGAGGAGGAUGCCAAAUGAGAGGGAGAUCGUCAUGGCAAUGACGGAGGGUGGCGAAGAUGGGAUGCUCGACUACUUCGACCAGAAUUUCCUCAGGAACUGGGCAGGUCCUGAACAUUGGAAACUCAGGAAGGUGGUGCGGCGACCGGAGGCUGCGGAUACCUCGAAAGACAAGCCGAAGCGGGAGAAGAAAGAAGCGUUCAGGAUCGACUUCCUCGCACCCGCAGAUAAAAGUCUGAAGGAGACCGCUGAAGCACUUUUCGCACCGGCAACCCGCGGUAACAUCAAUCUACCCGGAUACAGCGUGAGCGGGAAGAACGCGGAAAAGUCGAAGAAGCGCGGAAGGGGCAAAAAAGCAGCUGCGGAUGGCAAGGAGAAGAGGGACGAUCAUACUUUGCCCGACGAUAUGCACUUCUCGAGUCGGGAGCUCGUGACACUCUUCCUCAAGCCCAAGUUCUCACUGAAAAUGCGCGGUCAACGAGUUCGCUUGGACGAGGGCGAUGGCGAAAUCGACGAGAACUUUUGGGCUCAGGCGGCAGCCAACGCCGGCCGGGAGGGCGACGAGGGCGACGAAACGGCGAAUGGUGGUGCGAUACCAUUCAACACGCAGUUCUUCCACGACGACUACGACGAUGGGCCGGGCUUUGACGACGGCUUCGACGGCGAAGGCGGUAGCGCAGCAAACCUUGGGCCCGACGCGGACGAGCAGGAUCUGCUCGCGGCCACUGCGGGACAGACGCGCCGCGUACGUCCGGAGUUUGUAAACUAUGCGAAGCGGGCGAAAAGGGUCGACGUGCGGAAGCUCAAAGAGAAUAUAUGGAAGGGGUUGGAUAUCGUCGUGCCCGAGAUCAAGCAAGAAGCGGAGGACGAGGACCAAGACAUGGACAAGGAGGAGCAGGAUGCCACCGAUCCAGCGGAAGCGCGCACUUUCAGCGAGGUUGUGACGGGCCUCAAGUCGUCAUACCCGAAGGACAAGAUGGAAGAAAUCAGCACCAGCUUCUGCUUCAUAUGCCUGCUGCACCUCGCCAACGAACGCGGACUCAAGCUCGAGGUGGGUGAGGAUGGCCAGAUCGAGGCUGAGCCUGAGGAGGAGGAAGAGGAACCCGAGGCGGCCGAACAUAAGGUUGCCAGCAAGGUCGGAGAUAUUUGGGACUUAAAGGUAUAUCGGGAUCCGUUGGCUACCGCCGCUGCCUAGCGAUAGAUUCUUACUCGACGCACUGGAUGACUUAUCACAUUAC